AUGCCGGCAGUAGUAGGGUUUAAGACGUGAAGACGUGAUUGAAGAGCGGUAAUAGUUCAGCUAGUGAUGCGCGCAUGUGAACUCAUGAAUAGGUCGAUUUGAAAAAUAAUUUUUUUUUCUGAGUUUUGUGUAGUCGGCUUGUUCACACGCAGUUUUCGGAUGUGUGACAAAUUAUCUCAUGAAAAGUGUGAUAGUGUUUAGUAUACGAAGGCAAAUAUGUGGUUUUUAAGAACAAUUAGUUUGUUGACGCUUGCUUUUUCGUGCAGGGGACAACAAACUCCUGCAAUCGGACAUGGAUAUACACCCUGCUAUGAUGCAUUCAAUAGGCCUCAGAGAUGUAUACCCGAAUUCGAAAAUGCAGCUUUUGGUCUUCUAAUGGAAGCAACUAACACUUGUGGUCAGAAUGGAGAUAUGGAAUAUUGCGUUCAAACAGGAGUAAACGGAAUAAGGAAGUCGUGUGAGAUUUGCCAUCCUGGAGAACACGAUCCUAGAUACCUUACAGAUUAUAUUCAUCCAGAUUCAUCAACGUGGUGGCAGUCAGAAACUAUGUAUGAGGGUAUACAAUGGCCAAAUCAAGUUAACUUAACACUUAAAUUUGGAAAAGCCUUUGAUAUUACCUACGUCAGGUUAAUUUUUAUUUCACCAAGACCAGAGAGCUUUUAUAUUUCUAAAAAGUUAACAAGUGAAGGACCAUGGAUUCCAUUUCAAUAUUACAGUGCCACUUGUCGAGGUACCUACGGCUUACCUGACAUGACUCACACGAAGAAAGGUGAAGAGACGAGGGCCCUUUGUACCUCCGAAUAUUCCGACAUCUCCCCACUUAAAGACGGCAAUGUUGCCUUUGGAACACUGGAAGGUCGACCUUCCGCUUAUAAUUUCGAUUCCAGUCCCGAACUGCAGGAAUGGGUUACAGCAACUGAGAUAAUGUUCACAUUAGAUCGUUUAAACACAUUUGGAGAUGAAGUUUUUGGAGAUAAUCAGGUACUUAAAUCCUAUUUCUACGCGAUAUCGGAUAUUGCCGUCGGCGCAAGAUGUAAAUGUAAUGGUCAUGCCUCGGAAUGCAUAACCUCCACAGGAGUGGACGGAUCAAAGAGAAGGGUAUGCAAGUGCGAACACAAUACAGCAGGACCAGACUGUAACGAAUGUUUACCGUUUUAUAAUGAUGCGCCUUGGGGAAGAGCGACAGCUCAGAAUGCACACGAAUGUAAACAAUGUAACUGCAACGGCUACUCUAACCGAUGUUACUUUGAUCAAAAGUUAUAUGAGCUUACCGGUCAUGGAGGACAUUGUCUCGAUUGUGUUGCCAACAGAGAUGGUGCAAAUUGCGAAAAAUGUCGAGAAAACUACUAUAUGAGAGAAGAUGGAUAUUGUAUAGCUUGCCAAUGUAAUUCUGUAGGGUCAAGAAGUCUUCAGUGCAACGCUGAGGGUAAAUGUCAGUGCAAACCAGGAGUUACUGGAGAGAAAUGCGACAGAUGCGAAGAAAAUUUCUUUGAUUUUUCAUCAUCCGGAUGUAAAACUUGCGGAUGUCAUCCGGCUGGAUCGUUUAAUAAUCAACCCACAUGUGACCCUUACAAUGGAAUGUGUCAAUGUAAAGAAAACGUAGAAGGUAAACAGUGCAAUGAAUGUAAACCUGGAUUUUUCAACUUGGAUGAAGAGAAUGCUUUCGGAUGUACACCCUGCUUCUGUUACGGUCACUCAGGUCAAUGUAGUUCAGCUUCCCAAUUUUCAAAAUUUGUGGUGACCUCAUCUUUUUUCAAAGGUACUGAAAGAUGGAAUGCUGAAGAUGAAUAUCAAAGACAAAUAGAAGUUAAAUAUGAACCUAUCAGUCAAAGUAUCGGCGUGCACACUGUGGGAGAUGAAGCUGUGUAUUUCAUAGCACCUAACAGAUUUUUAGGUGAUCAAAGAGCAUCAUAUAAUCAACUUUUAGAAUUUACUUUGCGAAUUGGAGAUAACAGAGCAGUACCAACAGCCACGGAUAUUAUAUUGGAAGGAUCGGGAGCUUCUGUUACGAACACUAUUUUUGCCCAAAAGAAUGCCAUACCGAGUAUGCAGAGCCAGGUAUACAAAUUCCGUCUCCAUGAACACCCUAAUUAUGGUUGGCAACCGAGACUUCCGUCACGGUCUUUUAUUUCCAUAUUAACAAACUUGACUGCAAUUAAAAUUAAAGGCACAUACGCUCCAGAGGGAGUAGGGUUCCUAGAUGAAGUGAAAUUAGAAACAGCUUCGAGAGGAGUUGCUGGCAAGCCAGCUCUGUGGGUGGAAUCUUGUGCUUGUCCGACAGGUUACGUGGGACAGUUUUGUGAAUCUUGCGCUCCAGGAUUCAGACACGAACCUGCUUUGGGAGGAUCAUUUAUGCCUUGUGUACCGUGUGACUGUAACAAUCAUGCAGAAAUAUGUGAUUCUGAAACUGGUAGAUGUAUUUGUGCCCACAAUACAGCAGGUGAAAACUGUGAGUUAUGUGCCAGAGGAUAUUUUGGAAAUGCUUUAGGAGGAACUACCAAUGACUGUAAACCUUGUGGUUGUCCGGAGGGAGGAGCAUGUAUACAAAUUGAUGACGACUUAACUAUGUGCACUGAAUGUCCUACAGGCUACACUGGUCAUAAGUGCGACCUGUGUUCAGAUGGUUAUUUUGGAGAUCCAAUUGGUAGAUAUGGACCACCUUCUGCUUGUGUUGAAUGUGAAUGUAACAAAAAUAUUGAUCUCAAUGCAAUUGGUAACUGUAAUACGACGACUGGAGAAUGCCUUAGAUGUAUAUAUAAUACUGGAGGAGUACAAUGCCAAGAGUGUUUAGCAGGUUUCUAUGGUAACGCAGUUGUUCUUCCAAAAGGCGAUUGUAAACCGUGUACAUGUUAUCCAGUAGGAACCGAAGCAGAAAAAUCAGGAGCUCCAAAUUGUGAUCAAACAACUGGUACAUGUUCGUGUAAAUCACACGUUGUCGGAUUUAAUUGUGAUCGAUGUGAAGAUGGCUACUACAAUAUUAUGAGUGGCGAAGGAUGUCAUGCUUGUAACUGCGACCCAAUUGGAUCUUACAACCAAACAUGUGACCUUCUGACAGGUCAAUGUUAUUGUCGACCAGGAGUGACAGGGUCGAGAUGUGAUCACUGUGAAGCAAGAAAAUAUGGUUUUUCUGUUGAUGGUUGUAAAGAUUGCGAAUGUGACUCAAUUGGUUCGAAAGACCUUCAGUGUGAUCCAUCCGGUCAAUGUCAAUGUCUCGAUAAUGUUGAGGGUAGACGUUGCGAUAGAUGUAAAGAAAAUAAAUAUGACAGGAAAAAAGGUUGUGUCGAUUGUCCAGAUUGUUACACUCUAGUCCAAGAAGCCUACAGAAACCAUGAAACCAAGUUGGAUAGGUUGAGUGACAUACUUGAUGAAAUUGAAAGAAGACCCACAGUAAUCGCCGAUGAUGAGUUUCCAAAAGAAUUAGAUAAAAUUCGAGCAAAUAUUAGUGAUUUCUACAAUAAAGUAAAAAAUGUCACUGGUGAUCACAGUGCAAUCCAACAAGUGCAUGAUAUAAGACAAAGGGAAAAGGAAAUUGAUCGUACUUUGUCUGAAAUAGAUGAAAACAUGUUUCUUAUUCAAGAUAGGAGCAGCAUAACUUCAUUAAAUAUUGAUCAUAUUGAACUAAACCUCGCAGAAGCUGAGACGAGGCUAUCUGAAACAAAAAUGGCCUUUGAUACCCAAGCUAAAGAGGCUUUAGAUCAUGCAAUAGAAAGCUCAAAGAGGGCCGGUCAACAAUCUGAAAAAAUGACCCAAAUUGCUCAAGAUGCACGUGAACUGGCUGAUAAGCUAGACGACAAAGCAAAUCAAAUAGCUGACACUGCAUCAACUGCCAAGAAUAAAUCUAUCGAAGCUUAUAUAAUAGCUAAAAACGCAACAAUCGAUCAAUCGGAUGUUGGUGAUAAAGCCAGGAAGUUAAAGCACGAAAUUGUAGAUAUCGAAAAUAAACUAAACCGAACGAAAGAGUGGACGGCAGAAGUAGCUAAUAAAUCAGUUACUGCAAAGAAUAACGCUCUAACUUUACUCAAUGAAGUAAAAAAUUUGGAAGUACCUAAAAUUGAUAUUCCCGAAUUAAAAUCAAAAUCUGAAAGUCUUCGUGAUCAAGCAUUUAAAUUAACAAAUGAUGCUGAUGCACUAUUCACAGAUAGUGAGGAUCUUAGAAGAAAGGUAGACGAGAAAAAUUCGGUCGGAAAGUCACUGUUAGAUACAGCUUAUGAACAGCAGUUUGACACUGAUGAACUACUUAAUGACAUCCAUGCUACUAAGGAGAAAACCGAUAAUUCUAUUGAUAGAUGGAAGAAGAUGUUAAAUGACACCGAGAGUAUUUACAACGAUUUAAAAGAUUUCACCUCUGAAACUCAAAAAAGCAAACAAGAAGCAGAUGAAGCACUUCAGACCAUCAAGGACAUUGAAGUUAUUAUUAGGGACACAUUGAAUAAAACCAAUGAAGCUAGACAGUCCCUACAAGAAGCAACCGAUAAUGCAAACUCCGCACUGGAAAAGGCUUCGCAAGCCGACACUUUGGCUACAAAUGCAUCUAGUGUCGCCGAAGGCAUCAGGCAAGAGGCUGGUCAGUUGAUGAGAAAUACAACACUUCUUUCAGAAGAUGCAGAACUUUUAAAAGAACGUGUUGAAGAAACAGAUAAAAAACUUAAUGGCUUUUUGGGUUAUGCGAAAACAAAUGGCUCAUUUAUUCACGAAGCAAAAGAAAAAGUGGGAAAUGCUGGAAAAGACACCGACGAAACUUCUAAAAAAGUUAAAGAACUUCUUCAGAACGUGGAAAAUAUUAUCAAUGAACUGACAAAUUCGCCCAACAUAGACGAUACCGAAAUUAAUAGAUUGGAAGAAGCCAUUCAAGAUACAGAAAGACAACUUCAAGAAUCCCAACUUGAAGAUAAGUUGAUCCACCUACAAAAAGAGCAUGACGACCAAUCCAAUUUGAUUGAACAGUACCAUAUUGACAUACAAAAAUUGCAAGCUGAUGUUGACAACAUUGAGGCCAUAGUUAAUGCAUUACCCGAAGGAUGCUUCCGGAGGGUAGAAUUGGAACCAUAAAACUGAAUGCAAAUUUAUUAUAAAAGAUACCAAAGAUCGAGUUCUUAGUUUUCUAUUUAUUUUGUAUUAAUGUACAUAAGAACCGAAUUUCCCUGAAAUAUUUCGACUUAAGAUCAGUACUUACUUAUACAUGUUUUUAAAAUUUUAUACAGUGGUAUAUAUCUUAUAAAUAAAAUGUUUCCAAUUAA